CUUGGGCAUCCUGCAGGUGUUGUCGAGUUGACAAUGAGCUGGCUCUGUUCACCUUGAACCGCUAGGAAUUGUCUUUGGUUGGCGGGCGCUCAGAACUCUGACUUGACAUUGCUGAAGUUCCAAAGGUGCAAUGAGCAGCCAACAGAACCAGGAGAACGGUAGCGACAGCCCUGAGACUGAUCCACUAGGUCUUUAUUAUGAGCACCAUCAUGGGGUAGAGGCAGAGUCAUAUACAAAUCAGAAAUUGGUAAUUCUGCUUGCCCCGUAUCUACAUCCAAUAGCUAAUCGAUUCUUUCAAAGCGCCAUGCCUCCGCACAGCAUCUGCACAACACGAGCCGUCGAUUCUUCAUAGGGCCAAUUCCUGCUGGAUGGCUACAGAAUCACCGUAAAUCAUGGUAUAGAGGGAGACUCAAGUUCAGAAACUAUACCUCUCACACUGUCACCUUCUCCGCUGACCCUGUUGCUAAUUACCGCAAACGAACAUCCGAUCUGGGUAGGCUAUCGGUUCCAGGACCAGAACAGAUUCCGUCUCAUGAGGAGAUUGCUGCAAAUAAUGGUAUAGUGAUACAAUCUGAUGGUGUAUCAGAUGGUGCAGAGCCAGCGCAGUCUUCUGAACCGCUAAGGACCAUAUCCCAACUGCCUACCGAGUCCGGAGAGGCUUCGCAGCUCUCUGCCGCAGGACCUAGUCCAGAUUCUCCUGGAAAUGGCUCCAAGGAUACACUAAGGACUCGCAAGACAACUAAGUCGGUCUACUUUACGGCAAGAGAAGACCUCCCAGAUCAAGCGGAUGGUCAAGAGAGGAACAGGAAGCGGCACGAGCAAAAUCGCAGUUCGAUUCUUCCGCAGCCUGACAAUAAUAACCAGGGCUCAAUAACUUCAGAGAGCGACACGGAUUCACGUAGGCCACUUUUGCUCCCCAGAUCAAGACUCAAAAAGAAGAGCAACACAUUUUCCACUCUGGAUCUUGCACAGAGAGACCCACAAGCUGAAGAGUCUGGUGAAGAACAAGAUUCAGAUAGACAGCACGGUGUCCUGGCUCCUCUGCUUGACAGGAUUGGCCGAUACGGAUUAGAUGACAACUUCUUUAACAAACGACAGCGUCUCAAGGCUCGGAUUUCAGCAAGACAGGAUAGUGUGAUGUCACAUCAUCAACGACGGCAAAUCUCGCGCGAAAGUGAGAUUAUCAAGGCAGAGGUCAUGCUUGUGCGAGUUGAGGAGACUGCACAGGGACGGCUUCCAGAUGACUAUACGGAAAAUGAGAGUCCGCGAAUGGAUGCGAGGAUAGUGAGCAAGUGGCAGGAAUAUCUCGUGGUGUGUCGGAGAAGCUUUGGAGACAACCCGUCGCUCAUACUCCAAAUGUAUAGGACACAUGUCAUCCCUGCAAUACAUCGGCCUGGCUCCACAAGGCCGCCUCAUUAUGAGAUACUCCUCGACCGCAGGGAUACCAGGGUGAAUCUUUAUUCACCUCUUGACAAGACUCUCGCGAUGUGGCAUGCCUGCAGGCAUGGAACUCGGAUUUAUAUCUUACGCGCAAGGUCAGCCGCUCACUCGGUUGAGUGGUAUACUUUCCUUCGUCAGGCUCUAGGAUGGCGUCGACCUUCUUCUCUUAGAAUCUAUGCUCCCGAUUUUGAUGUGACUCUUGUCCUCAAGAACCCUUUUGGGCGGUUAAAGACGGGAUCACGUCCUGCGGAUGAACACAGACAGCAUGCUAGUGUCCCAGACCAUUCGUCAGCCCCUGAGCGCUUUGCAGCUACCGUAAUCCUGCAGAGCUGCAUGGAGAUGUUGGAAGAUUGCGCCGAAUGGGCGGAUGUUUUGAAGACCUGGUCCAGGACCGAGAAGAUGGGUCUUGCGUGGAAGCGCUACGACAGGUUAGAAUGGAUAUACGGCGUCAACGAGGAAAAUAUGUUUGGGGCAUUAGCGAUGCAGACAUCCCAUGACCUCGAAUUACGACCAAGGUAUCACUAUCCAACAGCAGUAAAGCAUGGGAACACGAAUAAUGAGGAGCCUCCGCCAAUAGAGGGCUUCCUCAUCCGGCUUACAUCUCAGAGGGGCGUACACCAACGACGGAAAAUGAUGUUUUUUAAACGUUUGUAUUUCUUCACUCAAGACCACUUUUUGCUAUUUUGCAAACCACCAAAGGCCCUACCACCGCAGCCCCCUAGGCUCCAGUCACUCGGUAACUCUGGGAUACCCUCGUCACAGGAGAUUUUGAAUGCGCUACCACUUGCGUACGACGUCAACCCAUUUCCAAUCAAGGACAAUGAAAUUGAGUGGCUCUCUAGCGGCAAUCCAGAAUACGUCAAGAGGCAUGACGAGGAAGCGUACGCUGAGCUGCAAAGGAACAUUCACAACCUCACCCAGGCGGAUGGAUACAUCGAUCUUUGCCAAGUCCAGGAAGUGCGGCAUGUCCAACGCGGUAGUUCCCCUGCUGAUUCCAAUAUUCAGGAAGGCCCGGGCGUCGAAUUCCAUGAUCAGCAGGAUCGUGGAGACCAGGAUGAUGGUACCACGGUGCGCUUUCAGAACGACAAUACUUUUGAGAUAUUGCUAGUAAAUGGACUUGUGGUCCGCCUGCAAGCCUACAAUAGCGUCACUAAAGCAGAAUGGAUGGGGCGAUUGACCGCUCUAGUGAAAUACUGGAAAGAACGCAUCGCUGCUGAUACAAUGGAGGCCAAAUCUGUCAAGCAGCAUAACCUUGAGGUUUUGCGUAUUGAUGAAGAGAUGGAAUCGCUGAUGGGACAAUAUGCUAGGAAGUGGGAGGUAAAGAAGGCUGAAGCGUCUCCGCACCUACACAAUAUGUGUGUCUUGUCAGGGUGUCGGACUAUAAAGAUAUCCGGUCAACUUUAUAUAAAGCCUCGACGCCGCGCAACUUUCAAAAGGCACAAUGCAAUCCUCACCGCUGGAAAACUGCUCUUUUUUCGGAGCGCAAUGCGAAAUCGGACAGGUGUAGACAUGCUGCAUGUUCACCAGCAGCUAGAGGGGGCUCUGGAUCUUCGAGAUUGCUACAUCUAUUCCGGCCUGGUCGUGGACUCUGAUCUUCUGUACGGAGAGCACACGUUCGAUAGCAGUCGGCCGGGUCAUCAUGCUCUUCCACGCAUUUAUCAUUCAUCGGACAUUUCCACGAGUCGCGACGAUGAUACGGCUAUCAGCUUUGUGGUUUGGCGACCCCUACAGAAGAACUACUUCCGAGCAGAAGAAGCUAGUGCACAAGGACAGGCUCAACAGACUGUCCGGCCUGUUACAACACUGGGCGUUCACGGACGAACUGUGGUUUUCAAGGCACGGAGUCGGGUGGAAAAGGAUCGCUGGGUGAUGAGCAUCGCUGCCGAGAUUGAUCGACUGCAAGAGGAUAGGCAAGGGGAGAUUCGAAUAGUCCCGCCUUAGGAGUCCACUUGGAUGAUAAUACAUAAUAAGCCAUAACUAUUGCAGUGUUCUCCCUCUUCAAUCGCUUAUUGAGAAUACGGCAGAUCCAAGCGCAGAUAGGUAUACAUCAUACGGUCUGUAUAAUCUAUAAUACAUGUUUAUAUACAAAAUGCAAAACGAACCCAGGG